CACUCCUGGUUCCUUCUUCCAGUCAAUAAAAGCCGAUACCUCGCCUACGUCUCAGUGUGAGUUAUUGAUGGUGCAUCAAUUUUAUUGACUGGAAGUUUUAAAACAUGGAACCCGUUUUGCGUCCGGACCGGUUGGAUUUGGACCCUCAAGACCCUGACGCAGCUCUCGCUUUUGAACACUGGCUUGCAUGCUUCCAAUCGUACUUGGCGGAGCUUCGUGCGACUGAACCCGCCGUUAUGCACAGAAUCCUACUCUCGAGGGUCACCCCCAAAGUUUACUCCUUUAUCCGGGACCUGCCGACCUACGAAGGGGCACUGGACGCCCUCAAAAGACAGUACCUGCGGCCGGUGAACACCGUCUACGCAAGACAUCGCUUAGCUACCCGGCAACAGCGGCCUGGCGAAUCGUGCGCUGAGUUUCUCCGAGCACUACAGACACUCGUCCGAGCUUGUGACUGCAAGACGCUCACGGCAGAACAGCAUGCAGAGCUGCUGGUGCGAGACGCCUUUGUGACGGGACUGAGGUCAGUGUACAUGCGCCAGCGGCUGCUGGAGAACUCGGAUCUUACCUUAAGCUCGGCGAUAGAGAAGGCCAACGCUCUAGAAGCUGCGCGGCAUAACGCCGACGCUGUCCAGUCGCGCGAUUCCCCGCCGGUUUCGUGGACGCCUCAGACCCCGCCACCGCCGGCUCCCGGGAGCGAAUUCGCCAACGCCGCCGCCAGUCGCCAUUCCACGAGCUCCCCGACCCAGACCACGGCUGUGGCCCGUAAGAAACUCGGGCCUUGUUAUUUCUGUGGCCAAAAGAAACAUCCUCGACAACGCUGUCCAGCGCGAGAAGCGACCUGCUCCAGCUGCGGAAAGCGGGGCCACUUCGCCAAGGUCUGUAAGUCUCAACCUCGAGCGGAGUGCAGCGCUGCGGGUGAAACGUGGGGGCCGCCAUCUUGCAUGCCGGGAUGUGGGCGGCCAUCUUUGUCGACGUCAGCACGCCCCGCCCCCGACCCUCCGAUGCUGACCGGGUACCCCGACGGCGAUCCAACUCUGGCCACUGUGACUCUCGACCAAAGCGCCCCACACCAGCUUGCAAGGUCCAUGAUGGACAUCCAGGUGGAGGGGCAUUGGACUGGAUGUCUGUUUGACACGGGCAGCACUGGGAGUUUUAUUCACCCGGACACAGUGCAACGCUGCGGACUUGCAACGCGGCCGGUCAGUCGGAGGUUCCAUUUGGCCUCUGGGUCGCAGUCCGCAGACAUCCGGGCGGGUUGUGUAGCGACUUUGGUGGUGCAAGGCACAGUAUAUCGGGACUUUGAACUGCUGGUCAUGCCUAAUCUGUGUGCACCUGUGCUAUUGGGGCUGGACUUCCAGAGCCAUCUCGAAAGUGUGACUAUGGUAUACGACGGGCCCCUCCCACCGCUCACUGUCAAGAAUCCUCAGUUUUGUGGGACUUCUUCACAUACCCCGCUACUGACCACACACACACACGGACACACACAUCCCAUCCAGAACCAGGCCAACAGCUGCGCUACCGACACUUGCAGCCUCUCCACUCUCAAGAUCCCUUCCCCACCGCUGUUCGCCAACCUGACCCCCGACUGUAAACCUGUGGCAACCAAAAGCAGGAGGUACAGCGCGGGGGACCGGGCCUUCAUUCGGUCGGAGGUGCAGCGGCUGCUCAGGGAGGGGAUCAUUGAGCCGAGCACAAGCCCUUGGAGGGCCCAGGUGGUUGUUGUUCGGACUGGGCAGAAAAAUAGGAUGGUGGUGGACUAUAGUCAAACCAUCAAUAGGUUUACGCAGCUUGACGCAUACCCCCUACCCCGCAUCGCGGAUAUGGUCAACCAGAUUGCUCAGUAUAAGGUGUACUCGACAAUAGAUCUGAAAUCCGCUUAUCACCAGCUCCCCAUCUGCCCAGAG